AGGCUGCAGAUUACGAUAAAGUAAAGCGCAUUUUCGGAGGAAACCAAAACGAAGAAGCAAGACGAAGGCGAAGACGAAACCCUAAAAUCUUGCUUCUUUGUUUUAACUCUUUCUGGCUGCUGUUGGUAAUGGCAGAUUUGGAGAAGGGAGAGUGGGUGGGGCGUGCGAAGGACGAGGCUGAGGAGGAGGAGAAGGAGGCUGAGGAGAAGGAGAGGCUUCUGGACGGAAUGGCGGUGUUGGACUUCGAUAUGCUUUGCUCAACGGUGGCUUUGCAGUCUCAGCAAGGCAAAUGGAGGACCUUUAACAGCCUUGGAGAAGAUUUACAAGAAGAUGGAGGGGAACUCGGCGGGGUCCUUAGGAUGUGGGAGGGUGAAGUUCUUGACUGCUUCGAGGAUCGUCGCAUCGCUCUCGAAUCGGCUUGUUGUCCCUGCUACAGAUUUGGAAAGAACAUGAGACGUGCUGGUUUUGGUUCUUGCUCUAUUCAGGGAGCCGUUUAUUUCAUCCUUGCAGUUGGUGCUCUUUUGAACUGCAUUGCCUUUAUUGUCACCAAGCGGCACUGCUUUCUAUAUUUGGCAGUUACUUUUACAAUUUGUAUAGGAGCAUAUUUGGGCUUUUUCCGUACACAGAUAAAGAAGAGAUUUAACAUUAGGGGCAGUGAUAGUUCCUUGGAUGACUGCAUCUACCAUCUUGUCUGCCCUUGCUGCAUGUUAUGCCAGGAGUCGAGAACAUUGGAGAUGAACAAUGUCCAAGAUGGAAUUUGGCAUGGUCGGGGUGACACAAUAUGCAUAGGAGGCUUACAUGAAGGGAGUAAAGCAUUCUUUGAGCUUCAUCAACCAUCUCCUGUAACGAUUAUGUCCCCCGAACCCUGCAGCAUGCAAAAGGGUACAGAGGGUAGUGAUCACGUGUCAACUUAAGAACUUAGGCAUUCAGAAACAUUGGUCUGCCAUUUCAAUAAUCGCCAGACCUAUGAAUUAUGCUGACUUCCUAUGCAAUAUCUUUCCCUAAAAGAGAGCAAUGUUAUGUAGGCUGCAUGGCAUAUGCCAGUUUGUUUUCAGGACUUGGCAAUUGCUUGCAUCUGAGGGGAAAGGUUACCCGUUCCACCUUCAAAGUGCUGGCUUCGUUGAUCUGCAAUAUUGGCUUGCUACGAGAAAAGUGAUGCGGAAGGCUUGUAGGUAGGCCUGCAACCUGAGCAACCCGUUUAGGAUUUGAGACUGACCCGACCUGCACAAAUGGGUGUCCUAAACAGACACGACCCAAACAAUCCGGGUCUGGUCGACCUGUUUUUUAUUUUAUUUUUUGUCUGAGGUUUCUUGCU